UAUACACAAUAAAGAUGAAUGAAAAACUUAGUUUAUAUCAAAUUUUACUUGCUGUUGGCAUGCUUCUAACAGGUUCAAUAAACACACUAUCAAAGAAAGCACAAAAUCAAUGCACAUCAUAUGGUAUAGAUGAUCCUUAUCAAAAAAAUCUUAGAAAAUUUGAACAUCCUUGGUUUCAAACUUUAAUAAUGUUUGCAGGAGAAGCACUUUGUCUCCUGGGUUUCUGUUAUUCAAGGAGAAAAGAUGCACAAUUAUUAAAAAUGCAGCUGCUUAUUGACCAAGAUAGUACUAAUGUAAUAAAGCCAAACAGAAAAGGAAAUAGAAUUGUUCAAAAUUUGAUAUUUAUUCUCCCGACUGCCUGUGAUCUUAUUGGAACUACUCUAUCAGGUAUUGGAUUGCUUUAUGUUGAUGCAUCAGUUUGGCAAAUGCUUCGUGGAUCUAUCAUAGUUUUUACUGGAGUAUUUUCUAAAUUUUUCUUAAAGCGCAAACUGAAAACAUCUCAUUGGUUUGGCAUUGCUGUUACAACGCUAGGUCUGUUGUUGGUUGGAUUAGCAAGUAUACUAAAACCUCGUCAUUCUGAGUCUCAGUGGCAUACAAUAUUAGGGAUUACAUUAAUUAUUAUCAGCCAAAUUGUUGGUGCAACACAAAUGGUUUUAGAAGAAACAUUUCUUAAAGGAAAAGGUUUUGAACCAUUUCAUGUUGUUGGAAUGGAGGGACUCUUUGGUUGUUUUAUCAUGAGUGCUGUUGUUCUUCCUGUACUCCAACAUAUUCCUGGAUCUCAGCCUGGUAACAGUUAUGAAAACAGUCUUGAUGCUUUGCUUAUGAUAAAGAAUAACAAAUUACUUAUUAUUUUCUCUGUUGUCUAUUUGUUGUCAAUUGCAUUUUACAAUUUCUUUGGAUUAUCUGUGACUCGUUCUAUGACAGCUGUACAUCGAACUUUGUUAGAUGCAUGUCGCACGUGUGUGGUAUGGGUUUGCAGCCUUAUCCUACAUUAUGGAAAUGGGAAUUAUGGCGAGCCAUUUGACAAACAAUACGGCUUAAUUCAGAUUGACGGGUUUUUACUGCUUUUGUUCGGAACUGCAAUAUACAAUCAGCUGUUUGAUUUCUCGUGGAUCCCUUGUGCCAAAAAAAUGAAUCCAGUUUCGUAUGAUGUGCAACAUCCAGAGAUUGUGGACAACACUUACGUAGUGACCAAUGCAGCGGAUAACGAAGUUUCUGAUGAACAAAAACGUUACCAUGGUUUCUUAGAUGAUUAGAUAAUUUUCAGUAAUUUUUUCUUCUUUGACUUUUAUUUUGAAAACAAUUAAAAAAGUAAUUA